UGUGGGGGCGCAGGGAAAAGGCAGCGAUGGUAUCCGACCUUUGCAUCGCAUAGGAUUUCAUUUGGGGAAGUCAAAGAGAGUGGUUGUUAUUUUUUUUUUGCGCAACGUGUUUCUGCUGCAGCUGCUGACUUCCUGGAGCCCAGCGAUAGGGGCAAACCUGCACAGAGAGAGAGAGAGAGAGAGAGAGCGACUCAGAAAAGCGCAGGAGGUUUGCAACUUUGCAUCACCGGGAGAGAUAACCAUUAAACCAUGACAGUCGCUGAGUGGUUGAAGUUCGGGUAAAACUCUCGAAAAAAAGGAAGUUGCACUGCAAAGCUCACACACCACUCACUGACGCAUGGUGCUGCUUCAUCGAAUUAUUUUCGGUCACCGUUAGGAACAUGGCCAAGUUGUCUUGGCUGAAAUUCUGGGCUCUCGCCUCUGCUCUGUUGGGUGCAACUGUUGGCGUCCAAGGCUCAAAUUCCACUUCAAGCAUACCUUCCACCACGGCUCCAACAGAAACGACUGCAUCCACUGGCAUAAGUAUCACUCACAAUUCACCACUCACAAACUCCAACACGGCUUCAAAAUCAGUGAUUCCUUCUAGCCAUUCAAACUCAAUCUCAAGCACAGCUCCACCAACAGCAAUUUCUACAACCAAUAAAAUGACACAGACUACAGACAUAACAAGCACACAAACCACAGACACCAGCACGGCUUCACCAGUAAUGACUUCUGCAAACACUCAAGCUACAUCAGAUUUAAGUAACACAUCAUUCACAAACUCCAGCACGGCUUCAACAGCAAUGACUGUAUCCUCCAGUGCAAUCACAAGUGCACCAUUCACAAACUCCAGCACGGCUUCACCAGCAGUGACAAGUACAGCACCACUCACAAACUCCAGCACGGCUUCACCAGCAGUGACAAGUACAGUACCACUCAGAAACUCCAGCACGGCUUCACCAGCAGUGACAAGUACAGCACCACUCACAAACUCCAGCACGGCUUCACCAGCAGUGACAAGUACAGCACCACUCAGAAACUCCAGCACAGCUUCACCAGCAGUGACAAGUACAGCACCACUCACAAACUCCAGCACGGCUUCACCACCACUCACAAACUCCAGCACGGCUUCACCAGCAGUGACAAGUACAGCACCACUCACAAACUCCAGCACGGCUUCACCAGCAGUGACAAAUACAGCACCACUCCAAAACUCCAGCACGGCUUCACCAGCAAUGACAAGUACAGCACCACUCACAAACUCCAGCACGGCUUCACCAGCAGUGACAAGUACAGUACCACUCACAAACUCCAGCACGGCUUCACCAGCAGUGACAAAUACAGCACCACUCCAAAACUCCAGCACGGCUUCACCAGCAAUGACAAGUACAGCACCACUCACAAACUCCAGCACGGCUUCACCAGCAGUGACAAGUACAGCACCAUUCACAAACUCCAGCACGGCUUCACCAGCAGUGACAACUACAGCACCAUUCACAAACUCCAGCACGGCUUCACCACCACUCACAAACUCCAGCACGGCUUCACCAGCAGUGACAAAUACAGCACCGCUCACAAACUCCAGCACGGCUUCACCACCACUCACAAACUCCAGCACGGCUUCACCAGCAGUGACAAGUACAGCACCACUCACAAACUCCAGCACGGCUUCACCACCACUCACAAACUCCAGCACGGCUUCACCAGCAGUGACAAGUACAGCACCACUCACAAACUCCAGCACGGCUUCACCAGCAGUGACAAGUACAGCACCACUCACAAACUCCAGCACGGCCUCACCAGCAGUGACAAACACAAGCACAGCAGCAUCAGUGACUUCUGCAUCCAGUAGCACCAUAGCAUAUACAAGUGCAACACCAGCAAGCAAGAGUUGUGACUAUACGCUUACUGAAAUUAAAUCUAAAGAAAACAUUCUAACUCUGCAACUAAAUGACACAACUGGACAAUAUCUUCAUGUUUAUUGCAACAAUACCAAUGGGACAAAGCUGGAGACAAACAGAUUUCAGUUUUUUAAUUUCUUACCGUGUACCACUUACUCCUGUUCUGCAAAUACGACCAAAUGUAACCAAACAAGGGAUUUCAGUCGUGACCCACCAUCACAUGAUCAACUUAACUUCACUAUUACGACGAAAGAGAAUGACGAUAACAUUGAUUUCAAAGUAGAAGGAAAUAAAGUAAAUCACAGUUGCAAACUGGCUUAUCAAUGGAACUGUUCUGCACCUUCAGUUAUCAAAAAUGAAAAUCCAGAGCCAACGGACAAUUACACAGUUCAGAAAAAUAAAACAUUGACAUCGUGCAUUGAAUAUCGAUGCUCCAUCAUAGUCUCUCUUCAAAAUAACCAAAGUUAUAUUUUUUUCAAUGGAUUCAAGUCAGUCUUUCCCAAAAAAUCAACACUUGAAACACCUUUUAAUGUUUCAAAUCGAACAAAUACGACUAUUUCUGGUCACCUGGCUUUUAAUAAUUUAAAUAUUCGGACAAACUUCUCUUAUGUUGACGAGAACGGAAAUGAAACAUCCUGCGAAUCCACCGAUACAACAUUUAAUUGUCAGGGAUUAACUCCAUUCACAUCGUAUAAUAUCUGUCUGAAGGCCUCCUUGAUGUGCAACAUCAACUCCAUAAAUACAAAAAAGUGUUCCGAUUAUAAUACAACAGAAGGAGUACCAGGAAAUAUCAUUAUUAGAAAUCAACAGCUUAACGCCAACAAUGAAAUUCAAAUCGAUUGUGUCCCACCAAAGGACUUGAACGGCCCACCUGGAUUGUUUUACGCAAAACUCGAAAAUUCUGGUGAAUUGCAAAAUAAAGAAAAAUGUCAUUUUAAAUUUCCGGGCUUGAAUUACCACACCAUUUAUACGAUACAGGUGUGGGCAAGCAAUUCCAAACAUAACGGGUCUAGGGUGAAAGUAACAUUUGCUACAUCAUACAAUGAAAAUGCAUUAAUUGGAUUCCUGGUGUUCCUGAUUAUUCUAACUUCAGUAGCUCUGAUCGUAGUCCUUUGGAAAAUCUACAGUCUGCAGAAGAAAUCUUCAAGAGAUUGUGAUGAAGAUGUGGAACUUAUCGAGCAUGAUGAUGAAAAGCAGCUGCUCCAUGUGGAACCAAUCCUUGCGGAGCACCUGCUUGAUGCAUUCAGGAGUAAACAGGCUGAUGAAGCAAGACUGUUUUUAGCUGAAUUCCAGAGCAUUCCAAGGGUUUUCAACAAAUUUCCUGUCAAGGAGGCACGCAAACCUUACAAUUCAAUCAAGAAUCGAUAUGUUGACAUCCUGCCAUACGAUCACAACCGUGUCUCACUGUCGCCUGAGUCUGGAGUGCAAGGCUCAGACUAUAUCAACGCCAGUUACAUUGAUGGCUUCAACGAACUCAGGAAAUACAUUGCUGCCCAAGGUCCGAAGGAGGAGACAAGCAAUGACUUCUGGAAAAUGGUCUGGGAGCAGAAGACAACGAUCAUUGUCAUGGUGACUCGUUGUGAGGAAGGAAACCGGCCCAAAUGCGCUCAUUAUUGGCCAUCUAUGGACGAACAGAAUAAAUCCUUCGGGGAUUUGGUCAUAAGAAUCAAUGAAGAAAAGUGGUGCCCUGACUAUGUUGUCCGCAAACUUUUCAUUUCACACAAGAAGGAGAAGCCCACCGACAGAGAAGUUACUCACAUCCAGUUCAUUAGCUGGCCAGACCAUGGAGUCCCAGAGGAUCCACAACUCCUCCUGAAAUUACGUCGGAGAGUUAACGCAUUCAGCAACUUUUUUAGUGGUCCAAUAAUUGUGCACUGCAGCGCUGGAGUGGGACGCACUGGCAGCUACAUUGGGAUUGAUGCUAUGAUGCAAGGCCUUGAGGCUGAAGGUCACGUGGAUAUCUAUGGCUAUAUUGUUGGGCUUCGUCGACAACGCUGUCUCAUGGUCCAAGUUGAGGCUCAGUAUAUCCUCAUCCAUCAGGCUUUGCUGGAGCACUAUAUCUUUGGAGAAACCGAAAUCUGCUUGUCUGAGCUGCCCAAGGAACUAAUUAAUUUGAAAAGGGAAGACCCGGCUUCUGAGCCAUCCAUGCUGGUUGCAGAAUUCCAGAGAAUCCCAUCUUAUGAUGCAAAAUCAAAGAAGACUGGAAAAUUGCCCGAAAAUCAAAGUAAAAAUCAUUCCGUUUCAGUGAUUCCAUUUGAAUACAACAGAGUGACCGUCAAGCUGGCUGAUGAGAAAAGCAAAGAAAGUGAAAACGACUCUGAACUGUCCUCCUCUGAUGAUGAUGACGAUGAUGAAUGCACUAAAUACAUCAAUGCUUCCUUUAUAGAUGGAUAUUGGUAUACAGAAGCAUUGAUUGCCACUCAGACUCCACUGCAGGAAACCAUUGCUGAUUUUUGGCAAAUGGUAUUUCAGAGAAAGACUGCCUUCAUUGUCAUGUUGUCUAAAUUAAAAGAGGAUACUGAGGACUUUACAGAGUACUGGGGAGAGGAGGACAAAACCUACGACGAUAUAGAAGUUAAGCUGACUGAAUGCAAUAAUGGUCCAGAAUUUAUCGUUCGUACCUUUGAAAUAAAACACGGAAAGAGAAAAGAUGCUCAUAAAGUUUAUCAGUACCAUUAUCACAAGUGGACUGACUCAGACCUUCCCGAGAAUCCCAGCAGUUUCAUCGAGGUGAUAAGGACCUUGAAGGAAAAGCUGCCGAAGCCCAAUGGGCCCAACAGAGCCAUUGCACCACCUAUUGUUGUGCACUGCAGUGAUGGAGCCAAGCUAACGGGAAUAUUCUGUGCUCUGUGGAAUCUCCUGGACAGUGCAGAUACUGAAAAUAUAAUAGAUGUUUUCUACAUGGUCAAAUUACUGCGUAAACAGCGGUCAGGAAUGAUCCUUACCUUCGAACAAUUUGAGUUCCUGUAUGAUACCAUUGCUAGCACUUACCCAGUGCAGAAUGGGACAUUAAAAUCCAGUGAAAGCCCCCUGCAAACCACUGUAGAAAUAAUCUCCGAAACACCUCAGGAAGAGUCUAAACAAGUUUCAGAUGGGAAAAGCGAAGAGGUGUCUGAGGUGCCUGCAGAGGAACAAAAGCCAGAGGCUGACACACUAAUGAUAAGCAAUCAGCAAAAAAUCCUGUUAAUGGACCCUUAACUCCCACUGAAACCGAGUGAUGACAAUUUGAGCUCUAUAAAUGUAACUACUAAUGUUCAAUCUGUAUUUCAAAGAGAUUUAUGCAGUGUCGAUUUCAAUUGUCAGAUGUUAAAUUUCUUUUUUACAUGUACAAAAUCUAUGGUAGUACAAUUCUAUGUUUUUUUACUGGAAGUUUUACAAAAUGUGGACUUGUAUACAUACCGUUUAAGAAAGAGUGUAUACGUGAACAUAAGUAUGAAUGUAUUUUAAUGGAAAAAGGAUGGCGUUUUAGAUAAUUUAAAAUUCAAUUGAGAGGCUUUUAGUAGUUGGAGGUGAGUUCAGUAUUUUCAAAAUUAAAAA